CAUCUGCCGCCGCAUUUUAUCGAACAAGUGGUGUGCGUCGUUAUUGUUCUUGUUUUUUCUUUGCAGGUGCCAUUGAAGGGAAAGCACUUCGCAUUUCAUCAGAGCCUCUGGACUCCAGUAUUGCUUUUGUUUUGGUGCUUUUGGUCUGAAUGUUCAAGCAGGAGCAGUGAUUGUAGUCACAGUAGUGUCAAAAGUGUCGAAGCUUUAUUUUAAAGGCCUUACUGAAAGCUGUGGUUGGUUUCCCCCUGACAACUAUUGAAGCAUGGCUUGAGUUGGUCCCAGAACUGGGAUAUGAUGCAAUUUCUAGUGUGCCACGUGGAGAGAUUUCCCUGAGAGGAAAAACCUUGUUUUCUGGUUACCACAAGCUACAAGGUCUAACCAAAGAUGGGUUGUUGGAGUCACUGUGGCACUUUCUCAGCACGACACUCUAACCAGCUGAGCUGAUACGCCAGUCGACAAGUUUGAUAAGAAUUAGAUACAAGGAGGAAUGUGGUAGUGGGAUAUGAGCGCUUAGAAAGGCUCACUGGUGUGAUUGGAUUCAAAUUGUUAGUAUGAGAUGAUGGCCGGAACUCUGUUUUCACUGGCAGUGACUCUCUUAAGAGGAACCCAAGCGGUCGAAUGCUUGGUCAACGCCAAGUCAGCGAGAAAAAGGCGGGUCCAUUUGUGUGGACUACAUAUCAAAAGGUGUAUGAUGCAGCCAUUCGUAUGGGUUCAGCUAUCCGAAGCCGUGAUGUCAAUCCUGUGCCAUUGAAGGGAAAGCACUUCGCAUUUCAUCGUGGUCUGGUUCAAGCAGGAGCAGUGAUUGUAGUCACAGUAGUGUCAAAGUGUCGAAGCUUUAUUUUAAAGGUGCUAAUGCAGUUGAGUUCAUCAUCAACCAUGCUGAAGUUUCAAUAGCUUUUGUUCAAGAGAACAAAAUCCCUGCUAUUUUAUCAUGCUUCCAAACUGUUCUGCGCAUUUAAAAAGUAGGUCAUACUAUUUCCUUAGAUACUUGAAAUUCGAGGUCCAAGUUGUUAGGAUUCUAUCCAAGGUAUAAAUCUGCGUUGUUCAGCAAUUGUCAG